GGAACCAUAGGUCGGAUAACUCGUCGCCUUAGCAACAGCGAGGCUUUCGCUAUCACAACGAGCAGGCAAAAUGUUUUUUCAAAAGCUAUAAUCUUCCAAAAACUAAUCUCGAUGUACUUUUUAAAGCCGGUAUGGCCACAAGCAACCCAUCGGUGUUUCUUCUCUCGGUGAAUGGGCAGAUUGAGGGAGCGAAUUUUCCGAGCUAUGACGACUUGUACUGCAAAUACUGCUUUGUUUAUGGCCAAGACUGGAUACCCACCACUGGUUUGGAGGAAGGCAUCACUCAAAUAACAUCUAAAGGUAGUCAAUCGUCACAAAAAUUGAUAUGGAACUUCCCUCUGGACAUAACUUUUAAGAGCACAAACCCUUCCGGAUGGCCUCAACUUGUGCUGAGUGUUUAUGGACCAGACAUGUUUGGCAAUGACGUGGUCAGAGGCUAUGGGGCAACACACAUCCCACUAACACCUGGAAAACAUACACGGAUCCUCCCCAUGUUUGUUCCUGAACCCACAUGGAGACUUCAGAGGUUCACGAGUUGGCUUUGGGGACGUCGACCAGAGUACACAGACCCUAAAGUGGUGGCCCAGGGUGAAGGCCGAGAAGUGACACGGGUUUGCUCUCAAGGAUUUGUUACGGUCUGCUUUAACAUCGUAAUGAAGGACAUGAAGAAACUGGGAUACAAUUCUGGACCAUCAAAUUCACCAAGUGCACCUUUCGCCACCUCAUCGGGCCUGUCCACAGAGGAACAUACACAUUUGUGAUUAUAUUGAGCAUUUCUAGUUAACAUUCUGAUUAUGAUCACGACAAAUUACUGUUUGAAUUCAAAAUGUUUUAUGCAAGUGUUUUUUUAAAAGUAAAUGUAUUUUUUACAUAAUGUUUGACUUUCCACUUUUUAUGAUCUUUUUUUUUUUUUUUAAAAGACACUGACAAUAGUUCGAGCUGAAAGUGAUAUACAUUUUAUUUUGAACCAAUGCAGCUACACUCAUCCUCAACCAACAGUCUGCGGCCUGUUGCUCUCAUUUUGUUUAGAAGCCGUUAAGAUUCCACGGUGAUGUUUUCCUACAAAAACCCAUAACACAGAAUAAUAAAGGUCAAAAAAAAAAAAAAAAA